GCUUAUUUUGGCAGAGAAAGCAGUGCAAUGAAGUGCAUAAUUCUAUUAAGUUUUUGCUGCCUGAUUUGGAUUGCUAAUGGAAUUAAAAUUGAUUGCGAAAAUGCAGAGGCAAUCAAUGAAGAGCAUAUACAUUAUUGCUGCAAACAUCCCGAAGGACACAAUGACAUAAUAGAGGAGUGUGCAAGGGAGACCAACUUUAUGCUGGCCAGUAAAAACGAGGAGGCACUGGUGGACAUCACCGCAGACCGGGCUAUUCGAGGCACCUGUUUUGGUAAAUGCGUCUUUAGCAAACUGAAACUAAUGAAGGACAACGCCCUGGACAUGGAUGCAGUGAGGAAAUAUUUUACUGAAAAGUUCGCCGAUGAUCCUGAAUAUGUCAAGGAAAUGAUCAACGCUUUUGAUCACUGUCAUGGCAAAAGUGAGGAGAACACCUCCAUGUUCCUGUCGAAGCCGCUCUUCAAGCAAAUGUCCCAACACUUCUGCGAGCCCCAGUCUAGUGUAGUUUUGGCCUGUGUCAUCCGUCAGUUCUUCCACAAUUGUCCGGCGGAUCGUUGGUCCAAGACCAAGGAGUGCGAGCACACCCUGGCCUUCAGCAAGAAGUGCGAGGACUCGCUGGCCACUUUGUAGAGGCUUACUAUAAGGUGUUAAUCAAUAAAGAACGUGCUAAAAGAACAAAUAACUA